AUGGACUUCCACGGCUUGAGGCACAUGCCGCCGGCGCACCUUGAGCCGCGGAUCGCUCCGAAGUUGGUGGAUGCCAUGGGGAGGAACACACACAUCGAGGUGCUCACUUUGUCCAACUCCAAUCUGCAGAAGGCACAAGGGGUCGAGCUCGCGGGGUCCUUGCGGAAGAACCAGACGGUGAAGUCGGUGAAUCUGGAGCGUGGCGUCUCAGAGGGCGAUCCCCAUGGGGAUAUGGACAAUCCGGAAAGUUCCAUUGAACACCUUCGCUUCUCUCACCAGAAGCAGAUGGGUCAGUUCUUUGGGAGGCCAACAGAGGAAGCCGUGGGACAAAUGAUGUGGCGAAAUGAGUCCAUUGUGAAGCUCGGCUUCGAGUGUGACGAUGCGCAUUGGAGAAAUAUCAUUGACCGCAGCCUGUUGCGCAACAACGAUUUUUGGCGGAAACGCCAUGCCCCUCCAGACCCAGAGGCCCUUCCGACUGCGGAAGAACAUCCUCUAGGUCACAUUCGGCUCCUGCAAGUCCCAGAGGCUUUGUCUAAAGAGGUUCUCAGCAAGUACCCGGUUCUAUGCGAAUACCUGGACAACAACCUCAAGAUGCCAACCACGCUGCAGUUGCAGAACUGUGCCAAAAACAGUGGUCUUCAACUGUCCUACACCGUGGCAGCUCCCAUGAUCAAAGAGUUUCGCUCCUGGAUGAUCGACAAAGCUGUGGGACAGCAGGUGGCCGUCUUUGACGUCUUCAACACCUCAAUCCAUGGCAUUCUCCGGCGAUGGAGCUCGGAGCAUGACAACUGGGCGGUCGAGAUUGGAACUGAGGAAGGCAAAAGGCAGGGCAUCGGGUGCACCUUCAGGUCCUCUAAGGAUCCAGCAGUCUCAGUGUCAGAGCAAUGGGUCGAUUGGCUGCGCAGCGGCAAGCAGAUUGGUUGGGCACAGAGCCGUGCGGGCGCGUAA